CGCCGCCACCAACACCGCCACCAUUCCGCCCCUACCUUCCCGUUGCCGGCGGCCCCCAGCUGCCACCAUGCAAGAGCUCAUCGCCAGCGUGGACCACAUCACGUUCGACCUGGAGCUGGCAGUGGAGCAGCAGCUGGGGGCACAGCCACUUCCCUUCCCUGGAAUGGACAAAUCUGGYGCGGCUGUCUGUGAGUUUUUUUUAAAGGCGGCAUGUGGAAAAGGAGGCAUGUGCCCAUUCCGACACAUCAGUGGGGAAAAGACAGUUGUUUGUAAACACUGGCUACGAGGACUGUGCAAAAAGGGAGACCAGUGCGAGUUUCUGCAUGAGUAUGACAUGACCAAGAUGCCCGAGUGUUACUUCUACUCUAAAUUUGGGGAAUGCAGUAACAAGGAAUGUCCAUUCUUGCAYAUUGACCCGGAGUCGAAGAUCAAAGACUGUCCCUGGUAUGACAGAGGCUUCUGUAAACACGGUCCCCUCUGCAGACACCGGCACACUCGGAGAGUCAUUUGUGUGAAUUACCUGGUAGGAUUYUGUCCAGAGGGGCCUGCCUGUAAAUUCAUGCACCCUCGGUUUGAACUGCCAAUGGGAACCACAGAGCAACCACCACUGCCUCAACCAACACAAACACAGCAAAAGAGGACACCCCAAGUCAUUGGAGUCAUGCAGUCUCAAAAUAACAACAGUGGGAACAGAGGACCCCGGCCGUUGGAGCAGGUCACCUGCUACAAGUGUGGUGAAAAAGGUCAUUAUGCCAACAGAUGCACCAAAGGACACCUGGCCUUUCUCAGUGGACAGUGAAGGAGCAGCAGGAAGGUGCAAGGGAGUUGUUACCACUGAGGAAAGGUUUCUGCCUAGCACAAUGUCUG